AUGUGUGAGCCACCUGACAUUGUACUAGCAGCCAGUGGCACAACUAGCAGAGCUACUAGCAGAGCUACUGCCUUACCUGUAUGCGGCAGGGGCCACAUGCAUUGUCGUGCUGAGUACAACAGAGAUCAGGUUCAUGAAGCCUUCUGGCAUUACAUCAACCAAUUGGCCGAGGAAGCCAGGGAUGGUGUAGAACUGAUUCAAAGCUCAGAAGUCAGCCAGCAACUCAAUCAUCUUAUCGAGGAGAAUCUGCAGAAUGUCAAUAACUAUGCUGAGGAUCUCCGACAGAAAUUGACUCCUUUGACAGAUGGUCUUCGUGAGAAGAUGACAGUAGACAUUGACAGCCUUCACCAGCAGAUAAGAGAACAGCUGGAAGACCUGAAAGUCAAACUUUCUCCCUUUGCUGAUGAAGUCCAUCAGAAGAUUAGCAAUAACAUUGAAGAAUUUCAUCAGAGGUUGACACCUUACACUGAAGAACUUGGCCAACAGCUGAAGAAGAACGUGGAGGAACUUAGGCAGAGGUUGACUCCCUUCACUGAAGAGCUUCAGGCCAAACUGGAAGUGAGCGCAGAGAACCUGAAGGAAGUCCUGACUCCCUACGCUGAAGAGCUCCAGAUGAAGAUCAAUGAAAAUAUGGACAACAUCAAGCAGAAUGUGGCUGCCAAAGCUGAAGAGUUUCGCUCCAGGUUUGAUGAGAAUGUCCAGGAGCUGCGCAGUAGCUUGGUUCCCUACACCGAAGAUGUCCAGCUGAAGAUGAACCAACAGAUUGCAGAAAUGACCCAGAGGGUGGUGCCGUAUGCCGAGAUGCUCCAGACAAAGGUCAACGAACACGUGGAAGAUCUGAACCAGAAGCUGAACCCUUACAUCGCCGAACUGAAGGUAAAACUUAACGAGACCGUGGGAAGCAUGGACCAGAACCUGGCCCCAUACAUCGAAAAUCUCAACACCAACAUCAACCAGAGAAUCGAGGAGUUCCAUCAGAAUGUGGCCCCCUACACUGAGCAGCUGAACAAGAUCAUCAGUCAGAAUGUGAGGGAGAUGCAAGAGGGACUUGCCCUGAAUGGAGGCAACAUUCAGCAGGAUCUUCAGACCAAGCUCACAACUGUAUGGGACGACUUCUGGCAGAAUCUGCAGAACUAAUUGAGAAGUAGAAAGUUACUCAGUCAAUCCAUGUGUCAGGAUAAUGGGGUCCUCAUUAUCUCAAAUUAUAAUAUGCUAAAUAUAUUUAUUUUUUUCUGAGAGAAACAUAUAAAAAUCACUGACUGCAUUUCUAGAGU